CCGUUUACGGACCAAGAGCUUUUUUGACGGCCCUACCGACUUCCACGCCCAAUUUCGUCCUCGUGAGAGCGCAGGUUUCCUGGUUUUGCACAUCCUCACUUCUCUGCAACGUUAGCUGACACAGAUCUAUGUGAACCGUAACUUCGGCCAUAGGUGGAACGAACGGGGGCUCUCCAGAGAUCGUCGGUAGAGUUUUUCUCACGCCGAUAUCGAUUUCCUCAUCCUCUUUAACAGUCUUUCAGAACAAUCGGAGGUGAUGCUGGUUAUGAGCUACCGCAAUGGAUAGGUUUCCCUUUCGUUCCGGCGUAGAUCUCACUUCUUUUCCACCUUAAGCCUAUCCACAGCCGCUUUCUCCUAUGAGAUGGCGUCAUCACAUCAUGUGGAGUUAGAAGCAGCAAAACUUCUACAGAAACUUAUCCAAGAAUCAAAGGAUGAGCCGGCUAAAUUGGCCACAAAGCUUUUUGUGAUAUGCCAGCAUAUGUUAACAAGUGGAAAGGAGAAUUCAUUGCCAUAUCAAGUCAUAUCAAGGGCAAUGGAAAAAGUAAUAAAUCAGCAUGGACUUGAUUUGAAUGUUCUAAGGUCAUCUCGUCUUCCAUUGAGCUGUGGGCCACAGGAAGUUGAUACUGGACAAGGAGCAACAAUGGGCAAAGACACACCUGAUAAUCAACUGCCUGCUAGUCAAAAUGAUUUGCCUCAUGGAGGUAUUCCUUCUGGAACAUGGCAUGGAGCAUCAAGUAGUCUGGCAAAAGAAGCUUAUGCUGCUCCUUUCCAGAAUUUUGGGAUGCUGCGAGCAACCAAAGCAGGCCCUUCUGAGGUAGAUAUGGCUCGGCACGAGUUGUUUCCAAAUAAACCACAAGUUGGUUUUGGUAGAGUGGACAAUAUGCCAGUUGAUGCUCAUCAGGGCUCUUUUUCUCAUAGGAGUGGCAAGUCAUCUGAGCUAGAAAGUCCUGCUAGUGUUCCAAUGGAUGACACAAGAUCUACAAAUUCACAGGAAAUACAUAAUUCAAUAAAAUCUGACAACCAAACCAACAAGGACAAUACUAAAAAAGCAGGUAAUAAGCGAAAAAGAGCUGAUUCCAAGGCAGCAUCUGAUGCACCUUCUGAAAAUCCUCAACAAUCUGAUAACAUUAGUACUGGAUCUGACUCUAGGAAAGGUAAGCAAGUUAAUAAAGAGGGGUUACAAGGCCAACUUUCUGGAAAAUAUGAUGACCAUGCACAAGUGAAUCCUAUUCAACAUGGUGCAGGUGCUGCAUCCCUCAUCAGGGCUAAACAAGAUGGUGUCCAUACUUUAUCUGAAAGGAUUAUGGAUGAAGUAAAAACAUCGCAUCCUUUUUUGGUUUCACCAAGAAAUCAUGAUGAAGGGGAGGUGUCUUCUAGUCAGAGUACUGGAAUUCAGAAGGGUAAAAUGCCGCCUAGAAGUAACAUUUUAGGAUCUGCACCGCCCAUGUGGAGUCAGAACCGGUUUACUUCAUCACAAGUUUCUCAAGUCUCCAGUCCUGGCAUUAUGGAGCCAUCUUCUGAUUUGAACAUAGUUUCUCCAUACCAUGCUAAUGGGCUAAAGGGCCUUUCACCAGGGCCAAAUGAUAGUUCAAAACUUAUGGGUUUACCUUCAAACAUUGCUUAUAGCAAUGGGAAAGUCUUUGGGACUGCAAGCGCCUUCAGCACUUUUGCAAUGGCAAAGAUGGGCUUUCCCUUUCCAGCUCAUCAGAGUAGUUCUUCUUUUGAGAAUCAAUACACAACAUCCAAAUUGCAAAAUGAAAACUAUUUGGGUUCAUACCCUGGUUCUCAAUUAUUGGACAAGGGGGGAGAUGCAAAUUCUACUAAUGUCAGUGCUGGGUCUCCUGGUUCAGCCAAGCCUGUUUCUGAUGGAUUACCUCAAAUUCCUAAAAAAUUUUCAGAAGCUCCAACUAGCUUGUCAUUGAACACAUCUGAUGGAAUUGCUACAUCUGGAAAAGCUAUUUUUCAGGAAAAGAGAGGCGGACUAGAAUUAGGAGCAAGUUCUUACACUAAUCCAAUGGUCUGUGGAGUUGAAGAGAGCCACGGCCUAGAUAAUGUUUCUUCGGAAAGAAAUCGUGGUGCUUUUUCUAAGCUAAAGACUGGGUCCAAUUUGUAUGCUGAGCCUUGUGGUAACAUGCAGACAAUUGCAUCAAGAAAUACAUCUUCUUCGAACACACCUUUUAAUGAUCAACAACUAAGGCAGCUCAGAGCACAGUGCCUAGUGUUUCUAGCAUUCAGAAAUAAUUUGGUUCCUAGAAAGUUGCAUCUUGAAAUCGCUCUUGGUGCGAGCAACCCACAAGAAGGGGGUGGUGCUGAUGGAGCCCCAAGAGUGUUGAAUGAUUUCAGAGGAACUGAUCCACACGCAAGGGAAUCUGUUGAUAAUCAUGAAAGAGCUGGGAUGCUUGUUAGAGCAAAUGAUACUGCCAAGGGUUCAAUAGCUUCAUCUGGUGGAAGUAUUAUGGACAUAAAUUUAUCAUUGAAGGGUGUGGAGAGUGUGAAGAAGAACAAGAAAAAUUCGGACAUGUACAUGGUAGCUGAGGAAAAUAAAAAUCAAACACGGGCACCGGAAUUAGCAGAAUCAUAUAUAGCAUCAAAUAUACUGCAGCCUGAUUCCUUUGGAGAUUCUGGAAAGAGUAUUCAUGAUAGCCAUCUUCUAAGGGGUACUGCUGACCUUUCUAACCAACAAAUAAUGCAUACAAAUCGGGUACCAUCUGUUUGUGUAGACAAGCCUUCCUGUUUUGAGAAACCUGAUAUUCUGAGGACCAAAACUAAUGUUGAAUUCUUUAAAGAAUCAACGCUAUUCAUGGGUCAUCGAGAUUCAGCUCCUGAAGAAGUAGAAAAUUUUUCAGAUCGGCACAUUUCUUUACCGGUAAGGGAAUUGACAAUGUCAAAUACUACAGAAAACAGUGAUAACAUGAAGCAUGCAAUUUAUCCUUCAAAAGAUGUCAACAUGCUCUUUAACCAUGGUGUUUUGAACAAUAGGAUUCAUACUACUACUGAUUUUAAAAUAUCUACUCACCAUGAUGAUGCUGCUGAAGGCAGUGAUGGAAUGGAAAAUCAGAGGGUUUCUGUAGCUCAAAAGAUUGAUGUUCAUGGUCAGUCUACUUCUGAAGGGCCCAAGAAUCUAACAAACGAUGAUAUGCUGAAGUACAGCAAUACAACUUCUGUGGAGUAUGAUGAAGAAGAGGAGGGAUAUGAAUUAUUAUCCAAUGAUAUGCCCACUUCUCCCCCAAAAUACACGACCUUUGACAAGUGGAUGAUGGAGUAUCAGAAAAAAAAAAUUGCUGAAGAGCAGAAGUGGGCCUUGAAACAGAAGAAGGCUGAAGAAAGGAUCACAGCUUGCUUUUCCAAGUUAAAAGAAAUAAAUUCAUCUGAAGAUAUUUCUGCCAAGACUAAGAGUGUUAUUGAGUUAAAAAAACUUCAACUUCUUAAACUUCAGCAGCGGUUACGGAGUGAAUUCCUUGAUGAUUUUUUCAAACCUGUUGCAUCUGACAUGGAACGUUUGAAAUCAAUAAAAAAACAUAGACAUGGUAGACGUGCAAAGCAACUUGAGAAAUUUGAACAAAAGAUGAAGGAAGAGAGGCUGAAGCGCAUUCGAGAGAGACAAAAAGAAUUCUUUACUGAAAUUGAGGCUCACAGGGAAAAACUAGAGGAUUAUUUCAAGGUCAAGCGGGAGAGGUGGAAAGGUUUUAAUAAAUAUGUAAAGGAGUUCCACAAGAGAAAGGAGCGUAUACAUCGUGAAAAGAUUGACAGAAUCCAGCGUGAAAAGAUUAAUCUUUUGAAAAACAAUGAUGUUGAGGGAUAUCUAAGAAUGGUUCAGGAUGCUAAGUCUGAUCGAGUUAGGCAGCUGCUUAAAGAGACUGAAAAAUAUCUUCAGAAAUUGGGCUCAAAGUUAAAGGAGGCCAAGGGUAUGUCUAGAAAAUUUGAUAUGGAAGCGGAGGAUUGCCAGGCAACUGAUGCAGAUGAGAAGGAAAUAGCAGCAAUUGAUAAUGAGGAUGAAAGUGAUCAAGCACAGCAUUACCUGGAGAGCAAUGAGAAGUAUUAUAUGUUGGCCCACAGCAUUAAAGAGAGCAUAAAUGAGCAGCCAACUUCUCUUGUAGGCGGAAAGUUGCGUGAGUACCAGAUGAAUGGUUUACGAUGGCUAGUGUCAUUGUACAAUAAUCAUUUAAAUGGUAUUCUUGCUGAUGAGAUGGGCCUUGGAAAAACUGUUCAAGUUAUUUCUUUAAUAUGCUACCUUAUGGAGAAGAAAAAUGACAGAGGUCCAUUUUUGGUGGUUGUACCAUCUUCAGUUCUUCCUGGAUGGGCAUCUGAAAUUUGUCUUUGGGCACCUAGUAUAAAUGCUAUUGCUUAUGCUGGUUCUCCUGAGGAGAGACGCAAACUAUUUAAGGAAAGGAUUGUUCACCGGAAGUUCAAUGUUCUCCUCACUACAUAUGAAUAUCUAAUGAACAAGCAUGAUAAACCGAAGCUAAGUAAAGUUCAAUGGCAUUAUAUUAUUAUUGAUGAAGGUCAUAGAAUAAAGAAUGCAUCUUGCAAACUCAAUGCUGAUUUGAAGCAUUAUUCCAGCACCCAUCGACUGCUUUUAACCGGAACGCCUCUUCAAAACAAUCUGGAUGAAUUAUGGGCCCUUCUAAAUUUCUUGUUGCCAAAUAUUUUCAAUUCAUCUGUGGAUUUUUCUCAGUGGUUCAAUAAACCAUUUGAGAGCAGCGUAGAUACCACACUUGAUGAAGCAUUACUGACGGAAGAAGAGAAUCUUUUGAUCAUAAACCGUCUUCAUCAAGUUCUCCGACCUUUUGUACUUCGAAGGCUAAAGCAUAAGGUUGAGAAUGAGUUGCCAGAAAAAAUUGAGAGGCUUAUAAGAUGCGAGGCUUCUGCUUAUCAAAAGCUUCUAAUGAAGAGGGUGGAAGAGAACCUUGGUUCGAUAGGGAAUGCAAAAGGUCGCUCUGUGCACAACACUGUGAUGGAAAUGCGUAAUAUAUGCAAUCAUCCUUAUCUCAGUCAAAUUAAUGCUGAGGAGAUUGAUGCCUUAUUACCCAAACAUUAUCUUCCACCUGUCGUGAGACUUUGUGGUAAGAUGGAAAUGUUGGACCGUUUACUGCCCAAGCUAAAGGCAACUGAUCAUAGGGUUCUGUUCUUCUCAACAAUGACCAGAUUGCUUGAUGUUAUGGAAGAGUACUUGUCUUGGAAACGCUACAAGUAUCUUCGUUUGGACGGGCACACAUCUGGAAAUGACCGUGGAGCCCUAAUUGAUGAGUUCAACCGGCCUGAGUCUGAAACUUUCAUAUUUCUUUUAAGCAUUCGAGCUGGUGGUGUUGGUGUAAAUCUCCAAGCAGCUGAUACUGUCAUAAUUUUUGACACUGACUGGAAUCCUCAGGUCGACUUACAAGCACAGGCCAGAGCUCACAGGAUUGGACAAAAGCGAGAUGUGCUUGUUUUGCGUUUUGAGACGGUGCGUACUGUUGAAGAACAUGUUAGAGCUUCAGCCGAGCAUAAAUUGGGAGUUGCUAAUCAGAGCAUAACUGCAGGGUUUUUCGACAACAACACAAGUGCUGAAGAUAGAAGAGAGUAUCUCGAGUCUCUUCUCAGAGAAUGCAAGAAAGAAGAAGCAGCUCUUGUUUUAGAUGACGAUUCUCUAAAUGAUCUUUUAGCUCGCAGUGAAUCCGAGAUCGAUGUAUUUGAAUCUAUUGACAAGAAAAGACGUGAAGAAGAGAUGGCAGCAUGGAUUAAUUUGGUUCAGGUAAAUAAAAUGGAUUCCUCGAAGAUGUUACCCAUGCCUUCUCGUCUUGUUACGGAGGAUGACUUGAAGCCCUUUUAUGAGGCGAUGAGGAUUUAUGAUACGUCCAAUGGAAGUAAUGUGCCCAUCAUUACAAAAAGAAAAGUUCCGAAUGUAGGAGGCCUGGAUACAGAGCAAUAUGGGAGGGGCAAGCGGGCACGUGAGAUUCGUUCUUAUGAGGAUCAGAUGACCGAAGAAGAAUUUGAGAAAAUGUGUCAAGUUGACUCCCCUGAAUCAGCCAUUGCCGCUGAUCCAUCACAAGAUUUAUUUCUAACAAAGAUCCGUGACCACCCUCCUAAAUUGAUUGAUGUUGUGCUUACACCACAACGACCAAAUGAUAUCUCAAUUCCCCCAAUUGGAUCUUUGCAACCUAGCAAAGAUCCCCCAGUGAAACGUGGAAGAGGCAGACCAAGGAGAUCGUCGGUGCUUAUGGCUGCUCCUGUAUCAGUGCCACCUGCUCCUUUUCCUCCAGUUAACAAAGGCGAACUGGAACCUCAUAAAGAGACUUCUGCUGCUUCUGCAGGUGCUGUUCCGCAUUUGGCUGCACUCAAUGAUGUUACUGCAAAUACUAUACAACAGUUGGGUGUAACUGCCUUGCAGUUUUACCCAUCACCUGGCACCAGCAUGCCUCUUAAAGCAAGGGGGCGGCCAAGUAAUGGUGGAGAAACCACUAGAGGGCGUGGUAGAAUGCAAAAAUCUAUUUUCACUACUGUUGGUGCUCAGUUAAAUGCAUAUACUGCAAUUCAGAGUGGAAUUGAUGCAACAAUGAGUAGACCUGCUGCCAAUGUUUUAGCUAAAGGGAACUCUACCUUGAAUGUUGUAGCGGGGGUUCCUAAUUUUGUUUCUAUUGGUCAUAAUAUUACGCAAAUGCCAGGAUCUUCAGCUGUUGUUGAAACACCUGCUAUCAAAGCCUCCAGUUCUCAAUUGCCAGAAAUAGUGAAUAGCGUAAUGCCUGUUGUUGGGGAGAAAGAAGCCAGAGAUGACACUUCUGCAUGUGAGACUAAAUCAGCUUGUAUUGUCUCUAAGUUAACUGUAACCAAGGAUCAGGUCAGUAUCCUGCAGCCAAAGAAUCCUGACGGUGCGAAAACUGAUUCAGAAUAUUCAACUGCUGAGCCAAACUUUGGCUCAUCUGUACCGGACACAUUUAGUCAAAAACAAGGGCAAACUGAGAAAAGAGUUGAUAGCUUACUAGACAAAACCCAGAAAACAAAACAUAACUUUGUAGGCACAUUAAAUGACAAGCAACCAGAAGUUGCAAUAAAGGAUGUGAAUUCCAUUCAAAUGUUAGAUAAGACUCUAUCUGAUCAGAUGAACCAAGAGAGAACGCCUAGUAUAGAAUCUCAAACGUUUAAUAAUUUGAAAUCUGAUGAUAAGCCCCAUUCAACAUCAACCGUUAACAGCUCAUUGGAAUGCCAUGGUAGCUCAGUUGUUGAUAAAGUAACAGGUCGUGAACCUCAAAGUUCAAUAUCCAUUGAAGCUGCCAAAUUCCAGGAGAAUUCUAUUAUCACAGGAACUCCAGCAUUAGUGUCCACAAACAUGAUUCAUGAGAAAUUGACAAAUCAGGUCCCAACAUGUCAAGUUUUAGAUUACAGAGCAGUACCUGUGGUGAUCCAUAGAGAUUCUGAAAAUAGAGCUUCGGUAACAAGGAAAAAGGCAGCUGCUCGUGAAACAAGAAACAGAUGCAGCACCUCAACUGCAGCUUGCGAACGGCGUGCCCGACAAGCAGGAUUGAAGCUGGCAGAUGGUUCUAAAAAGGCAGAGACCAGAGGGAGAACUAGUAAGGCAGCUACCAUGAAAGCAAAAGAGGAGAGUGGAAGCAUGCAAACUCUUCCUGGUACACCCAGGUCUCAAACUGCUCAGGGUUCUGAUGUUUCCUUCCUACAAAUAGAAACUUCAACUGCAAAAACUGCUCCUUCAGCUGCAAGGAAUUUUGAACAGACUGUAACAAAAGAAAUUAAAUUUGACCAAGGUAUUACUUGUGCUUCAGCAUUGGAUCCAAAUAAAAUGUCUCUUUCCAAGGGUAAUGUUGAAAGCAAUACUAUUUCAUCUUCAAGCAAUAUGGAAUGUGGACUUGUUUUGGGUCUCCCUGUUAAUGCAACUAUUCGGGUAACUGAUGACAAAGGUGACAAUUUCAAGAGUACUGGGAUUGAUCAGUUACAAGAAGAGCCCGUGAAAGCUGGCAUAACAUGUGUAAGACCAGAAGGUUUUUCUGUGGCAGAAGACAAGCAGCUGGUUUCUUCAAUUAAAUGCCUGGCCUCAGAAAGAAAUUCUUUGCCCGAGGUUUUCGAAACAAAAAUUACAGGCGGGUCUUUCGUGAAAAGCGACGCACAAAACUCCAAUGCACAACCAGCAGUUAUGAUUGUAACUGAACAGGAGAGACCUGUGCCUCGUGUUUUGGAAGCCAUUGACAAACCUGCUGAAGAAUUGGAAACUUCUGAUCUUGGAAAGAUGGUAAGGGAUGAUUCUCCUUCAGAUAAUCUCAAAGAACAAUCUGAAAUAAUACAGCCAUCAUCUGGCUCAGUCACUUCUGAUGAAAACAGCUGUAAAGCUCCUGCUUCUUUGGAAAAUGAGAAGGAUCACAAAAGCACCUCAGCAGAUCUUGUCAAAGCAUUGCCCUCGGAAAAUAGUGCAGAAAUAUCACAGCAGGACCAUUCUGCUCUACAAGGUCCUAAUCUUAUUGGAUCAUCAAAACCAGUAGCGCAGAAGCAUAAUGCAUCUGAUGAUAUUUUAACAGUUUCAUCUGAACUUGUUGGUCUUGAAAGGGAGCAGCAAGCUGUGGCUGUUCCACCUAUUGAGGAGCAGCAUGCAUCACUUUAUUCACCCUCAGAUUUGAAAUUAUCAGAACCUGUUGAACAAACAACGGAGAAGCACCAUGCUACAGAUUCUUUGAAGGGUUCUAGUUUUACCGAAUCAGUUGGGAAUACAACUGAGAAGAUCAAAGCGAUCGAGCAUUAUAGGGAUGACAAGCCAUCAGUAUCUUCUAUAUCAAGUUCUGACAACAGUCAUGGAUUAUCUAAUGCUUUGACAGUCUCAGAUAUAGAAUCAGAUAUGUUGAGGAAUGUUGAUGGCAUCAUACUUGCCCUGCCCACCGAAUCUGAACCUCUUCCAGUGCAUCCUGAUGCUACAGAGAUAAAGCGGGCGAAAGCACCAUUGGGUAUGAAAACUAGGAGCAGCAGCGGGGACAAAAAAAUACUGGAAGCUGCUAGAGUAGAAGAUAAGGCUAUUGAAAAUAAAACAGCUGAAGAUGCUACCAAGCAUAUUGAACAAACUGGAAUGGCCCAGUCAUCGAAUGUGAACCAGGAGUUGAAUUUAACUUGUGAUGAUGCCAAUCCAUCUUCGUCCCCCUCUUUGGGGGAUGAAUUGGCUGUCUCCGGCGAGGAACUCAGCACGGCUAAAGCAAUCAAAGAUACCAACUUUGUUUUAAGAAGUUCAUCAGAUGUUGGUUUUCCUUCUGCUACUGUUGUGCGGGAGGAUUCAGAUGUUUGUAGGGAUGCUUCUUGUUCCUCGCCUUCGGUCUUGGAAGAAACUCAGAAAGCCGAGGUAUCUAUUGAUGCCGAGAAUUUGGAUUUGACUGAAAAGGACCCCGAGUUUGAGAAUGUUGAGGAUUCUAUGAAGUUAGGUUCAGCUGAAAUUAAACCGGAUGAUAAGGAGGAUUGUAAAGUUAUGCAAGAAAAUGAUAAGGUUGAUGAGGAUCCUGGAAGUUGAUUGAAUUUUCAUUAAGAUCCGAUUCACUAAUCAAGAAUUUUACUGCGUUGAAGUUAUCGGCAGUUUUUGGCCUGACAAACUGCUUUUAAUAUAUGAAUGCAGUUGUUAUGUAUUUCAGCUCUCUUGUGUAUUAAAUGGAAAUGUCCCUCAUUCUGUAUAUUUCAUUAUUUAUCUGCUCGAGUGAACGAUCAUCGUCAA